AUGGAUGAUGACGAUGAUGAUUUCAGCAAUUUUGAAGACGAUGAGUUAGACUCAUUGUACGAAAAGAAUAUCAAUAAAAAUGUUCAAGAAAUCACAUUCAGAAGAUCUGUUGCUGUUCAACGUGACCUCAUGAACAAUAUUCUUCCCGGUGAGAAACCAAUUUAUGAAGAAAUACAAAGGAAAGUUACCUUUGGUCCAACUCAUCAUAAAUUUAAUGAAGAAUCUCUAAGCACGUAUCUCUAUCCAACCAAUUUUGAAGUGAGAGAUUAUCAAUUUGAUAUCGUUAAAAAAUCAUUGUUUACAAAUAUACUUUGUGCAAUCCCCACAGGUAUGGGUAAAACUUUCAUCGCUAGUACUGUCAUGUUGAAUUACUUCUUAUGGACUCAGACCGGUAAGAUCAUAUUUACCGCUCCAACAAGACCAUUAGUGGCUCAACAAAUUAAGGCAUGUCUUGGUAUAACUGGUAUACCUUCUGAUGAAACUGCUAUUCUAUUAGAUAAAAGUAGGAAAAAUAGAGAAGAAAUUUGGGCAAAUAAAAGAGUAUUCUUCACCACACCACAAGUAGUGGAAAAUGAUUUGAAAAGAGGUGUUUUAAAUCCAAAGGAUAUCGUAUGUUUGGUCAUUGAUGAAGCUCAUAGAGCAACGGGAUCAUACGCAUACACUAAUGUCGUGAAAUUCAUUGAUAGAUUUAACAGUUCUUAUAGAAUAUUAGCAUUGACAGCUACCCCAGGCUCUGAUCUUGAUAGCGUUCAAGAAGUUGUUAAUAAUUUAGAUAUUUCUAAGAUUGAAAUUCGUACAGAGGAAAGUAUUGAUAUUGUUAAAUAUAUGAAACAAAGAGAAAAAGUUAAAAUCCAAACAGGUUUAACCACAGAAAUUGAAGAUGUUAUAGAACAAUUGGGCAUCGCAAUCCAACCUGUACUUCAACAAGCAGUCGAAUUAGGUAUUUAUGAAGAAUGUGAACCAUCACGAAUAAAUUCAUUCAAGGCAAUGCAAUUGAGUCAAAAAAUUAUUGCAAAUCCAACUUUGCCUGAAGGAAUUAAGUGGAGAAAUUUUUUUAUUCUACAAUUAUUAAACCACGUUGGACAAAUGCUUAAAAGAAUUAAAAUUUAUGGUCUUCGCACUUUUUACAAUUACUUUAUAAAUAAACAUAAAGAAUUCACAACAAAAUAUAAUUUAGGGAAAUCUACAAAUAAAAUUGCCGCAGGAUUUUAUUUCCAUCCAAUUUUGAAAACAUUGAGGGAGAAUUGUGAUAAACAUGUGGCAAACCCAAAAUUCUUAGGACAUGAAAAAUUACAAAACAUUAGAGAUGAACUAAUUGAUUUUUUUGAAAAUGGAGCACCAGAUUCAAGAGUUAUCAUAUUUACAGAACUUCGAGAAAGCGCUUUGGAAAUCGUUAAAUGUGUAGAUAGUAUGAACGAUAAGCGUAUAAGACCGCAUAUUUUUAUUGGACAGGCAAGAGGUAAAGAAGGAUUUGAUGAAGUCACAUACUCUCGUAAACAUAAACCAAAGGGUAGGAAAAAGGAAGAUAAACUGAGGCGACAAGAAGAGGAAAGACGAAUCGAGGAACAGAGAAAAUUAGAAAAAGAACAACAAAAACUAGAAAGGAGUGUCUCGAGAACUGGAUCCUCGGAGGAUGCUCAGAUUAAUGGGAUGAAUCAAAAAAGGCAAAAAGAAACUAUUAAAGAGUUUAAAGAAGGGAUAUAUAACGUUUUGGUUUGUACAUCUAUCGGUGAAGAAGGUUUAGAUAUCGGAGAAGUUGAUUUGAUCAUUUGUUAUGAUACAACUAGUAGCCCAAUUAAAAAUAUACAAAGGAUGGGGAGAACAGGAAGAAAAAGGGAUGGUAAAAUCAUCUUGCUCUUCAGUAGUAAUGAAGCUACAAAAUUUGAACAAGCCAUGGAAAAUUAUUCUAAUUUACAGAAACUAAUUACAAAGAACUUCAUCGAAUAUAAGAAGUCGGAUCGUAUACUUCCGACGAGUAUCAAUCCAGAAUGUGUUAAAAAAUUUAUCGAAAUCAAUGAAUCAGAUAAAGAAGUGAAUAAUAUGGAAAGUGAUGAAAUUAUCAAAUAUGCUACUCAAAGAAUGAUGGGGAAGACCCCUAAAAAGAAAACAACUAAAUCGAGGAAAGUUUCCAAGGAGCCUAAAAGCAAACAAAAGCAAUUUUUUAUGCCAGAUAACGUCGUGACUGGUAUUAUUAAAGCUAGUACCUUAGUAAAUAAAUAUAACACCGAUGAAAAUGGUAAUAAAGUACGACAAGAAAUUAAAGCUAAACCUGUUGAAAAGAAGAAACUUGCAACUUUGGACUCGAUUGAGAAUGAUCCAUCAUCAUCAGAUCUCGAAGAUUUUGAUCUGCAGGAUUACGGAACAUUAAAGCAUGACCAGAAGACAUUAGUAGAUAUUCUCGGUACUGUAAAAGAAGAAACUCAGGCCCAGGUUCUUCCUAACGACAACUAUUCUGGGUCAAUGGAAAAUUCUAUGGUUCUUCCUGUGAAGCGUGAAAAAAGGGAGAAAGACGUGCCACAAACCAUUGGUAAAUUAGAUUCCCGAUCGGGCGAUUCAAGAGUUUCCAGCGCUAAGCCCUUAGCUACUGAGGAGGUUCGACUGCCAAUUGAAGAUAUGUCGUAUUUCGCGAAGCACUAUUCAAAACAGGAUUCAAUUUCGAUUAAUUCUAUACCAAAUCUUAGUGAAGCAAACAAGGCAUCGCUAAUUCCUCACACAAGUUUUACGCAGGGAAUAAUAGGAUUAUUUAGAGAUAUGAGAGAAAACAAACCAGAGCAAAAUAUAGAGUUUAACAGAAUAAAAUGUAUAGGCAAAGGAUUACAGAAUGGCGUAUUGAAACAAAAGAACAUAUUGGCUCGUGCAUUGUGGAUAAUCACAAUAUCAGUUACCUUCAAAAAUUGCCGAUGCAGACAGUGUACCAAAAUCCACCGAAACUGA